UGUGGUUGCAGAUACAGGUUGAAAUGGUUGAAUUAACAUGCAUUUGGUUCUGCACUGCCUGUGGCUCAUAUUAAAUAUUUUUCCAUGUUCAGGUGUACCUACACGGACAAAACUUAUCAUCAGUCUCAGUACUAUAUCUGGAAUCAUCUUAUUUGGAGCUAGUAUUUCAGUCUGUUGUCUUUCAAAGUGGAGAGGAAAGCUUAGGAAAAUGACAAUCCCAAGGCUCUUUAGGUCAGUGGCUGCAGCCAUCAGAUCAGAAAAACUACUAAGGGAAACUGCAAGGAAAGAGCAAAUGAAGGAAGAUGAUGCAUCGAAAGUGGUGGUUUAUGAUUUUGAUAGCAUACGCCUAGCAACAGACAACUUCGACGCAAAAAACAAACUCGGGCAGGAGGGUUUGGCCCAGUUUAUAAGGGAAAACUGAGCGAUGGUAAGGAGAUAGCAGCAAAGAGACUUUCGAGCAGCUCAGGCCAAGGCAUAGCAGAGUUCAAGAAUGAGAUCCUUCUAAUAUCUAAACUUCAACACCAAAAUCUGGUGAGACUCCUCGGUUGCUG